AUGGCCGCUCGCAUCCUGCACCGGCUGCGGCACGCGCUGGCCGGAGAGGGCGGCCGGGAGGAGCCGGCGGGAGGCGGCGGCGAGACUGAGGACUGCCCGGAGAGCUCGGAGCUGGAGGACGACACUGAGGGGCUGUCGACGCGCCUAAGCGGCACCCUGAGCUUCACCAGCCACGAGGACGAGGAGGAGGACGAGGAGGAGGAGGAGGAGGACGGAGCUAGCGAGGAGCUGGAGGAGCCGCCGCAGGCGCAGGGAGCGGCAGCAGGCACAGAGGACGGAGGCAAGUGCUGGGGCGGUGUCGGGGGGCUGGCAGAGCCCUGUCCCUGCACUGGGCAAUGACACCCCUCUCCCGGCACAGAGUGGGGCCCCGCGGCGGAGCGCCCCGGCGGCAGCCUGCUGACCCGGCAGCUGCAGGAGCUGUGGCGGAGGUCGCGGGGCAGCCUGGUACCGCAGCGGCUGCUCUUCGAGGUCACCAGCGCCAGCGUGGUCAGCGAGCGCUCCUCCAAGUACGUGCUCUACACCAUCUACCUGAUCCGCACCGGCCAGUUUGACAAGGCCCCCGCCACCAUCGCCCGGCGCUACUCAGACUUCGAGCAGCUGAACCGCCGCCUGCGCUGCCGCUUCGGCUGUGACAUGGCCGGCGUUGCCUUCCCCAGGAAGAGGCUGCGCCGAAACUUCACCGCCGAGACCAUUGCCAAGCGGAGCCGAGCCUUCGAGCAGUUCCUGUCCCAUUUGCACUCCAUCGACGAGAUCCGCCGUUCCCCUGAGUUCCUCGAGUUCUUCUUCCUGCCGGACCUGCGGGCCGCGCAGCGCCUCACCUGCACCGGCAUGUACCGCGAGGCCCUGGCCACCUGGGCCAACGCCUACCGGCUGCAGGACCGGCUGGGGGUCUGCAGCUCCGGCCGCUUCCUCCUGACGUUGGCCGGGCUGGCCGUGUGCCACCAGGAGCUGGAUCAGCUCGGCGAGGCCCACAGCUGCUGUGAGCAGGCGCUGCAGCUGCUGGAGGCCCAGGGCAGCCACCCGCUGCUGGGGCCCUUCCUGCAGGCCCACAUCCACCUGGCCUGGAAGGUGGGCAAGGACAAGCGGCGCUCGGAGGCCCGGCUGCAGGACCUGCGUGAGGCUGGGCUGCCCCUGCAGCAGCAGCCCUCCCUGAAGGAGUGCCUGAUCAAGGAGCCUCUGGAGUGAAGCAGCCCGUGCCUCCAUGGACAGGAGGGCAGGGGCUGCAAGGGACUCGCACCCAUGGUGGCAGGGAGCAGGGCGCUGCCGUGAGUGGGGAUGUGGCAGGGGGGCAGUGCCACACUCCCAUGGCAGCAUGGCCCGUGCCUGGAGCUGCCUCCUAAAUGCACUUUCUCUGUGGUUAGUCUGUCCGGUGGGACUGGGGGCUCACAGGGGUUCACGGAGGUCCACUGCCCACAGUGACGUUGCUGGAGCCACUCCCCCUCUGUGGGGGAUCCUGGAGUGGCUGGGACUUUAGCUGGGACAUACUGGCACCGCACAAGGGAACGGGAAGGCUUCUGGCAGGGUUUGGGGCUCUUGCCGGGAACUUCCCAUAAAACUUAUAUAAUAAAAAGGACUUUAUUAAAUAAAGUCUUGGCAGGAAGAAGA